AUGAAAAUUAGUGGUGUCAUUCUAGCUGGCUGGUUAGCCUUGUACUCUGCUCCCAUGGCGGCGGCCCAAACGACGGACGACUUCUUCACUGUCUACGAUCUGAUUCUAGACAACAUUGAUCAGGACGACGCCAAAACCCUGGUUCGCAUGGCUUUCCAUGACGGUAUGGGAGGCAUCGAUGGUGAAUUGGCUCCUGGCACCAACGAGCACAACGGUCUCCGAGGGUUGCACUCCACGGUUGAUGAUCUGUGGUCUGACAACCAGGCGACCCUCAGUGGGAUGUCGCGAUCUGACUUUUUUGCAUUCACCUAUGUGGCUGGCUUCUUGAUGACGAUUCCACCAAACAGCAACCCUCCGUGGGUACCAUUGAGUGUUGGUCGGAUUGAUCCUACCGAGACACCCUCUGUCAACGAUGAAGACAUCCCGCCCAAUAGUCCCGAGGGGAGCGGAUUCCACGGGGCUGUUCUUCAAUAUUUCGACACUCACUUUGGUUUUAGUGAGAGGGAGACUGGAGUCAUCAUGGGUGCCCAUACACUGGGUGGUGCGGAAACCCAAAACUCUGGGUUCAUGAAUGACUGGACAAACAGCGAGGAUACAUUCAAUACUGACUACUACGAACGCAUGGUGGACCCACCUGGUCCUCAACAGUGGGAACAGAUCGAACUAAACAAUGGAAAAUAUCAGUGGGUCUGGGGUUGUGAUCGCCCACAAGGAUGUGCUGAUCUAAUGUUGAACGUGGAUAUGAAUCUCUUUUUCAACUUGGACGACUUUGUGCAGUCUGAUGGACGUGUGGAAAUCCCUCCAAAUCCCCCGCAACAGUGUGCAAACGGCCGUGUGUUUGCCGAUUGCUUCCCUGAACGCGUUGGAUCGGCAACCCAUGAUGUCGUCAGUGAUUAUCAGAAUGGCAACAACGGAGCUUUUCUCGAGGAGUUUGCUCUGGCCUAUGGAAAGUUGUUGACCCGUGUCAAGAACGGCGCCACUUUAACCACAUUGGACGAGCCUGACAAUUGGCCCGAAGGAAUCACUCUAAUCGCACCGAAUGGAGGUGGCGGCGGCGGCGGUGGUGGAGGUGGAGGAAACGGCGGUAAUGGAGGAGGCGGUGGAGGAGGCAACGGAGGCAAUGGAGGAAACGGAGGAGGUGGCAAUGGAGGAGGAGGUAACGGUGGCAACGGAGGAGGAGGAAAUGGAGGAGGAGGAAACAAUGGAGGUGGUGGAGGAGGAGGCGGUGGAGGGCGCGCAAACGGUCGCCCAAGAAACGCCCAGAAUCCUGAUGAUCCAUUCCGACAAAGACUUCUACGAGGCACUGACUAA